CACCGACAUCGAGCUAAAGCGAAAGAUAAAUUUUGUAGUGAAUUGUGUCGUGACGAGAUUUUUUUCGCUUAGAAGAAAAUUUUAAUGAAUCCAUUCUAAAUUUAUACGUUGGAAAACAGCCUAUUGCACUACACUGCAGCAUACAAGUAGUGAAGAAUUGAAAACCCCUUGGAAACUUGAUCAGAAGAAUUUGCUUAAUUACCUAAGAGAAAACGAUGAGCGAACACGGUGAAGCUCGCGGUGGUCAGCUGAGCGCUAGAGCUGGAGCGGCAGCGGAACACCACUUCGAGGGCAGCAUAGAAGACAUCGAUCGGCAGUUGGAAGCACUUGAUCAGGAGAGUGACUCGGAUUCGGAGUCGCUAGAGGAGCUGGAAGCGUGCGAAAACAUCGAGGUGGUAAACAGAUCCGGAAGGUCAGCGGAUGGUGGUGAUGACCCUUCCGGUCCCGCCCUGGAUGUGACCGUUCGGUAUACAAUAUGUUUAUUCUGCAAAAAGCCGUUUCAGUUGAAAAAAGAGCUCAAAAAACAUCUCUUUGAGCAUAUGAAAAAUCUGAAACCAAUGAAGGAGAAGAAAAUAGUGGAGAAAAAGUUUAAAUGUCACAAAUGCUUCAAAACGUACACUGAAAUGGCACGCGCUGAAAAGCACAUGACUAAGUGUAAGAAGGUUUCCAAGCUCCUGCUGGAUAUGAGUAACACGACACCGGACGGCAACCGAAUACUGGGCGGCGGAGUUGAUUACGAAGGCGACAAGAAGAAAGGCGGAAAGUUCCGGGAGCCCACAUCACCGAGAUCGUUGGUUUUCGAUCCGGAAUCCGAACAGGACGAACGAUGGGAGCAUCGGGAACGGAACCCGGUGGUGCACUUUGACGAGCGGGCUCUAGCUCGCGGUGCGAGCACAGACGAGUCGCCAACUUCCCCGCCGGGCGUUGGCAGCGGUGGAGGAGGGGGUAGUGGUGGUUCAUAUUUUCAGCAGUAUCAACGGUGUAAGUAAAGUGUCGUAUGAGACACGGAAGGAGGAGUGAUUUGAUGAUGCUUGCUACAACACUAGUGGUAGGAAGCGGCUAGCUGUUAGAAUCCGUACAGCGUAGGAUACAGUAAGUCAUAAGUUAUAUAAGUUAUGACUAGAAUUAGUCACGGUGUGAGGUCCGAACUUGUUUUUCAUCUAAUGUUAUCGAUAGCAGUAAGUGCUACUAGUGACAGAGAAGAUAACAAUUUUUACAAUGUGUUGCAUAAUAUAAAGGACUCAGGAUACGAAAAAUACACACAAUUACAUGAUGCCGCCAAACUGCUCGUUCCAGUUGAUCGAAGUAAAAUGCAACAAACCGGCAAAAAGCAGCAGAAAACAACAUUUAACCAAUGUGUUUAUUAGUGAUGUAGCACUCCAUAAAACAUACUUUGAUCCGUGGAAUCUAAAAAUAUGUUUAAAAGUAUUCGCUGAAUAAGGAUAAUCUUAUUUAUUUAAACAUAUAAAAAAUGUGAUACUUGCCACAUACUUUUGUAACUAUUGCAAUUAUACCAAACUUGAACCAACCCAAGUUUUAUACCGGAAUUAGCUUUCUCGCUACUCUCAAGAUUUAAUAAGAAAAGAGUCAAUAGAAGGAGUAUUUUUUCUGCAUUUAUCGUUAAACACAUUUCUUUACGCAAGUAAGCUACUAAACACAAUAAAAUUUUCCCACUUAUUCAAUUCAGACACACACAGGCUCAUUAAAAUAUACACCUCCAAAUCACUAACACUACACUACACAAAUAACUCCAUUCUUACAUAUUCUUACCUAUUUCUUCGACGACGUCCCGAAAAAAGGGUACGCGGAAAAAAUUUAGAUUGAAUAAAAAGAACCUCACAGUAACACAUACUGUAAUGCAAUCGAACUAUGAUAGCAUCCGGAUAAGAUUGAAGUGUGGCACUACUGUAACUUACCAAAAGAAUUAGUUUGUUAAUGUUGGAACAAUUAGUUGGCUGUAUAUAAAAAACAUACUGAAAAAAAAAUAAUUUACGUGUUCAAGCGUAUCUCAAGAUGGUUCGACAUUAAAAAAUUGGAACUUUUAUUACCAAUAUUUUCCCAGUGGUUAAUUUGUGGCUUAAAAGUCCGAUUUAUGGUUUUACAAAAAAUCUAAGUCAAGCAUCUUAGAAAAUGAUUUUGUGAUGAAUGAACCAGAAAAUGCUGUUUUAUAUCGCUCUAAAAGCUAGUUUCGAUUUGGUGGUGCAUUGUACUGGUAUACCUACUGUCCGAUCUCCCCAUACUCGACACUCAACAGUGACUGAAUCGAGAUGAGUUGCACGACAUGACUUACAGAAUUGGGUCCUUUUGUGAGAUAUUAACUGCCCGUUUAGCUUCGAGGUACGAUGUUGGUCUAACAAGCCAGUCGUCAUAUGUUAGAAUCUCGCCUGCGUGGGGCUGCUAGUCACUAGGAUCGUUGCACUAGUCCCGUCAUUGUCCUGUAAUCUAAUAACCGGCUGCGAAGCCUGUCGAUAAAGGAGAGUUAGGUCUUAAAGACGUUUUUAACCCGUUUUGAGAUAGUUGUAUUUAUUUCCAAAACAGCUAAUGACUGCGCUAACACAUUUAAAAGCUAGCUAACACACUAUUCGCUAGCUAGUUCGCAGUUAGCUGAUUAGCAGAUUAAAGUUUUUUGUCAUUCAGUUUCGUAUUUCACUAAUACGCUCAUAAAAACUUUAGUGACUCCAAAAUAGUCACGUCACUCGCCUCGCAGAAUAAGGGUGAAUAAAUAUUAGUAAUACAAGUUUCAAAAAAAGUUGUCAAGUUACCUUGAAAUCUGCCGUGUUCAGUGUCUUUAUACGGUUAUUUUCUACUGAUGUUUGAUUAUCAAAUCGUUCGUUUCAAAUUUAUUGUCAGUAAUUUUUAGUUUUCCGAAGCAAAGUUAUAGUUGCUACCACACCUUCCAAACAAUCCACAAACCAAGACUAUAAAUAGAAUAACUGUUCUUAAGAUCCGCUGCACAGCAAAACUAUACUAAAUUCAACCUAAUCAAUAUAAUCUGAGUAAUACACUGAAAGUUUUUUCUACGUUUUGAUUUUAUAACCUAACCGGUUGAAAAUGAGGCCGAACAGAUUCCGAAUACCUGCAUAUGUUUGGCAGUGGUAUAAGAAAAAAACACAAAAAUGAAAAACUAGCCUACUGUGUACGUACGUCUUUGGAUAGAGAAAAUAUUACUGCAGGAGCUAGAUGAUUAGUUUAUAUUCUAUAAAAAAAAAUCAAAUACCAGUCGGAAGCAGACAACAAAUAAUUAACAUAGAAGGUAAACUAAAAGCAAAAUUUGUGUCUGUAUAGUCGUAAGUAGUGCAUAUACAUACAUAUAUAUAUAUAUAUUAAUGAGAACCAUAAGAUUUUAAUGGACGAUAGCAAUGGAAACAAACAGCAAAUCGAAUACAUAUAUGAAUUCGAGGACAACCAGCAAUUGUUUUCUAUCUAGAUUCGGAACAUGUAUGGGGCAUCUAUGACGAUCGAAUGAGUGUGCUGAUUGUCUACUGAAUGCAAGUGUUUAGAUGUUUUAGACAGAUUUGUUUUGCUCAUUAUAUUAUUUCAACAACUCAAAUAAUUGAAUGCGGUAAUUCUUUGAAAGCAUAACUAUUGUACUUCUUGGUUGUUGAAUUUGUGACAUUAAGCGUUAACAUUUAUGUCCUUAUAACUAAGAAGCGGCUACUUGAUUUUUUGGGAAAAUAUUCGCUGAUAUUUGGAAAUUACUAAAAACACCUCAGUUAAAUGAGUUGUUAAAAACUAGAAUGAGCAUGGUACGCGUGAUUUUAGGCGCAUUAUAAAACAUUGUUGUAGUGGUAACAAGUUUUCCAACAGCCUACUGGUAAUAAGUACCAACAUUUGUUUUCUAUCAUUUAUUUUUAAACCAUAACUAAAACACUUAAGACUUGAGCACAAUUGAAACGCUUCCGUUUCCGGGAAUUCGAUAAUCUUCCCUAGAGUCUGACGGGUUUUCUGAACGCAAAUGCAAACGUAUCGAUUGUGUUUGGGCCUUUUCUCUUCUUUCGGACGAUUUUAUGCUGCUGUCAAGAAACGGAUGUUGCUUCGAUGUCUAUUGAUAGUGAAAAAAGAAGAAUAAAUGCUAUAAUUUAUCACAGAAAAAUAAAUUACUAGCGAAUAAAAUCUAUGCCACGAGACAUGUCUGUGUGUACUUAGUACUAACUCAAACGCUAUUGUCCUAAAAAAAUAAACAAAUAAAUUGGAUACUUUUGUCUGGCCUCACUAUGGUCACUAUGCAGUCAAAUUUAGACUACCAUAAGCACAAUACAGCUAUUCGCUUCAAAACAUGAGGAUUUGAGAAUUCGGACUAAAUGAAACAUUUAAAUGAACAAGGAACAGAACUCGAGUGCGUGAACCAUGAACUGAUGCUGAUGUAAACUUCUUUUUCUCAAAGGCAUUCAAUAAAUUAUGCAUAUGAAU